CAGUCGCAAGCAUCGUUGAAGAACGCCUUCAGUGCCCCUUUGCCCAAGAGUGCAGGUGCACACCCCUUGGCGGGUGUGGGAAGGGCCAGAAACGAGCUCUGCAUUGUGUGUCGUAAGCCAAUCGAGCAGGUGCAAAUGGCUACACACAUGCUGAACGCACACAACGUCGUACAGAAAGCGAAACCGCCGUCACGCCUGUGGUAGGGUCUCGUAAGUCUGUUCUGGUGCAACAAAUUAGGAUUUUGGAAUGGGUCUGUACCGUGCUUGCUCAGUAGUACCGGGCACUAUAUGCUCUGUCAGCUUUAGGGAUAUAUAUUUGUUCCUCAGAUAUAGGGAUGGGGUUUCACCACAUUCAGAAGCGCGGUAACGGCACAGUCACAAUCAGAUUUGCAGUAUUGGAUUUAUAUACUCAACUCGAAAGAAACCAACCCGCAGUGCUAUUAGUGAAACGUCAGAUUUAGGGAUGUAUUCAAAUCCGUCCCAGACAUACGGCAGCAUUCUGUAUUAUCGAGCGCUUUUAGAUCAGUCAUGAAUGCUCAGCAUACCAAUAAACAUAUCAUACGGAAUCCGUGC